GCCACAGCGAGAAACAGGAAGUGCUAGUUGAGCAAACUGAGCUAGCCAGCUAGUAUUAGUCAGGUAGGUUAGCUUGUCAUUUUACUCAGUAAUCACAAUGGGGCUGUUCGGCAGAACACCGGAGAAACCACCAAAAGAGCUGAUCACGGAGUGGUCUCAAAAAAUCAGGAAGGAGAUGAGAGUGAUUGACAGACAAAUUCGAGAUAUUCAGAGGGAACAAGAAAAAGUUAAACGAUCCAUCAAAGAUGCUGCCAAAAAGGGCCAGAAGGAUGUGUGUGUCGUUCUCGCAAAGGAGAUGAUUCAGUCAAAACGAGCUGUCACCAAACUUUAUGCUUCUAGAGCCCACAUGAACUCUGUGCUACUCAGCAUGAAGAAUCAGCUUGCUGUAGUGCGUGUAGCCGGGGCCCUGCAGAGGAGCACAGAGGUGAUGAAGGCCAUGCAGAACCUUGUGAAAAUCCCAGAGAUCCAGGCCACCAUGAGGGAACUAUCGAAGGAGAUGAUGAAGGCUGGAAUCAUUGAGGAAAUGCUGGAAGACACAUUUGAGAGCAUGGAAGAUGAAGAGGAGAUGGAGGAAGCAGCGGAGGAGGAAGUUGACAAGAUCCUCUUUGAGAUUACAGCAGGUGCCCUUGGCAAAGCACCGAGCAAAGUCACAGAUGCCCUGCCUGAAAUGGAGCCCCCUGGAGCCGCUGCAGCUUCAGAGGAUGAGUCAGAGGAGGACAUUGAAGCGAUGCAGUCAAGAUUGGCAGCUCUGAGGAGCUAAGGUGAACUGCCGCUGUUAUGUUAUAGUCAGCUUGCUCACUCCAAUAAGGACAAUUCUGGUGCAGGUUUUACAGUACUGAGCAUCCUCUCUGCUUCAUAUUAUAAUUAUUAUUCCACAUAAUCAGUUGGGGUUAACUUUGUGCUAUGACAGUUAAUGUCUUUAAAAAACUUUUUUUUUUAUAGAACAUUUGGUGUACUCAGCCAGAAGAAAAUGUGUUUUUGUGUUUUGUCUUUUUAUUAUUGGGGGUGACCCCAGGCAAGUCUUUAUUAUUAUCCAAAGUCAAACAGAAGGUUUAAGAAAGUGUAUAUAAUGUAAGUAUGAAAAGCCUACUGUGCCUACAGUACUUCGUCAUAAUCUUCUGUCCUGAGUUACGGACUGGUGGUGGAGGUACUUGGGUAUUUAUGAUCCAAACAAGUGAUUAAAGAACUGUUGAUUGAAGCCACCCUGCACUUAACUCACAUUCAAGAUCACUACUCAGCAGCUGUUCUAAUCUGUUAGGAUACAUUUUCUCAGCUCCAGCUGUUUUGUUUACUGGUAACCAGCCCACAUUAUCUGAAACACUAGACAUGAUGGGUGGAUUCUUCUAUUGAUAGUUAAUUUUCUGUACAGUCAACAUGUAUCUAUUCUAUAUGUGGUCAUACAUGUAAAGUACCCUCAUCAGAAAAAUGCACGCAUACUGCCCUAACCCAUUUCUUUGCAUUAACAUUCAGCUCGUUAGAUGUUUGACUUUGUAUCACAAUUGAGUUCCUUCUCAGCAGGAAGAUGCAGAGGUAGUGGAAAGGUUGGUUAGUGCAGAACCUGUGUAUUGUGGAAGUAUUGUGUGUAUAAUUUUUCUAUGUGAAUGGGGAAAAAUAAGGAAAUAAACUUUUAAGAACAGA